AGGGAAAUAGGAAGAUUCUUGCGUAAGCAGCAUCUUCCUCUCCCUUAUUCUAUUCCCUUAUUUUUAUUUUUGUUUCUUAUAUCUCAAAAUUCAAAAUACCCAUCAACUGAAAAAUCAAUCACCACCUUCACCUCCUUCUCCUUUAUAAAUACAAUACGCGCUUCUGCAUUGCUACCUAUUCACUCUCAGCAUUGGCUAGACUCCACUCUCCAACCGAUCAGUGCCAGCAACUUCUUGCUGGUACUUAAGUUGACCGGCAUCUUCUGUGGGGGAGGACAUGACUCAAAAGAGCAUAUUGAAUCACAGUAGAGCCCUUGAGGGUGUCCAUGGAGUUCAAGUGACACCUCACUCACCGUUUGAUUUGACAGAAACUACUCAAAGUGAGGACUUUCAUACUUCAACUGGACGAGCGUCAACUACUGAAGCAAAUCAGCAGCUGCUAAUGCAACUGUGGCACCAGAGACCAGCAUGCUUAAGACCCAUCCAUUGUAGUAUUAGUUGUCAUGGUGAUCAGAAUCUUGCUGAAAGGUUUGCUAAUGUGGUUACUUCAAUUCCUUUUAUAGCUCUUGGAAUCCAUGCCCCCAGGAAGAAUGUCAAUUCAAAGUUGUAUGCUAAUUCAUUAAUUGGAGUUGGAGUGGCCUCAAGCAUGUAUCAUUCUUCAAGAGGAAGGUUGAGGAAAUUUUUGAGAUGGGUUGACUACACAAUGAUAGCCACAACAACUGUUUGUUUGUCAAUGGCCCUCAGAAAUGAGAAUCCCAAGUUACUGAUGGCAGCAUCUGCAAUAUUUCUUCCUGUUAAUCCGAUGAUGGUUUCAGUUAUUCACACUGGGAUGAUGGAGGUAGCAUUUGCUAAAAGGGCAUUGAAGCAUCCAGACUUGAGGAUGGCUCACACAGUGCAUAAGAUGUCGUCAUUACUUGGUUGUAUGCUUUUUGUAGCUGAUGAUUUAUUUCCUAAAACUCCUUACCUUCAUGCUGCAUGGCAUCUUGCUGCUGCUGUUGGUGUUGGCACCUGCAAUAAGCUUCUUGAGUAAGUGUGUGUGCAUACUCAUUCCAAAGCUGGAAACAAUGCAUUCUGAAUUAGAAUAGCAUCAGCAUAAUCUGUCGACUUAAUUUGUAAAAACAGUGAUUGGGACCAUGAGGUAUAGUCAUUGCAUCUUUUUGUAUUAGGUUCAUCAUGUCGAUGAGUUCAGUGCAAAUUAAGUUCCCAAUUAUUACCUUA